AUGAUAGCAAAGUUUCUAGAAAGCUUGGAAGAUCCAAAAAAACCUCUUUUUGGUCCGAAUUAUUGGAUGUUAAGGAAAAUGGGUCUGAUCCUACCUGAUAAUAAAAUAGGAAAAGUCUUGUACAUUUUCUUGCAUUCUUUUGUCACUUUUUUCGUGUUCACACAAUACUUGGAGUUAUUUGUCAUCAGGUCUAACUUGGAUCUAGUGCUAACGAACUUGAAAAUAUCAAUGUUGAGUAUCGUUUGCGUCGUCAAAGCCAACACUUUCGUCUUCUGGCAGUGUAAGUGGAAACAGCUCAUUGACUAUAUUACCGAAGCUGAUAAAUACGAGAGAGAUAAUAGAGAUUCAAUUAAAAAAAGAAUUAUCGCCAAAUAUACAAAAUACUGUCGUAAAGUCGUUUAUUUCUAUUGGCUUCUGGUUUGUAUGACCGUAAUUACUGUGACUAAUACUCCGCUAUUGAAAUAUUUAUCGUCAUCGAAAUAUCGUGACGCUUUGACUAACGGCACGGAAUCCUUUCCACACAUCUUCAGUUCAUGGGUACCGUAUGAUAAAUAUACUUCAACGGGUUAUUGGUUCACCAUUCUGUACCAUGCGUUAAUGUGUAUUUAUGGGGGUGGUAUUAUGGCAGCUUACGAUACCAGUGUGAUGGUUAUCAUGGUGUAUUUCGGUGGGAAGCUUGAUUUACUCCGGGAGCGAUGCAGGCAGAUUUUUGGAACCAAUGGUCUGGGUGUGAGUAAUGAAGAAGUAGGAGCGACUAUGAAGGAACUUCACAGCAUCCAUGAUCUUUUAAUGAAGAACGCAAAGCUGUUCAACUCUUUACUGUCACCCGUAAUGUUCCUCUACGUGAUAAUGUGCUCAUCAGUACUUUGUUUUAGCGCUUUCCAACUAACUAGUGCUACGAACACAACACAGAAGGUACUUAUGGCUGAAUAUUUGAUAUUCGGCAUCAUGCAGCUUUUUCUAUUUUGCUGGCACAGCAAUGACGUCAUCGUAAAGAGCGGCAAUGUUAUGUUGGGUCCAUACGAAAGUGAAUGGUGGACGGCCGGCCCACGACAACGGAAGAAUGUUAUCCUCCUUUAAUUCAGUUUUUUUAUCGCAAUUAUUAUUAAUAUUGACAUGGAAAAUCAAAACCCACAAGAAAGAACAGCACCUAUACAGUAUGUUCGAGGUUCACGUGCAUUUCGACAAUUCAAAAAUCCUCCACAACCUCAUAUGUGUAUACAAGAUUCAAUAAGGGACACUUCGGAGAAGUUAUAUAUCAAUGUUUUGGGAUGGCAGAAAAUAGCGAAUCCAAAACAGUAUUCGGAUCCUAUACCAUUAUAUGGUGGUAUGCAGGUGCAUCAAGGGUGUGGCCCUAACAGCAACAGACCACCGCUCCUUGUGUUUGCUGUUAUGGUAAAUCCAGACAUCUUGAAAGCUAAUGGGAAGAAUGCAUCUAAUCCUACAGACAGAGAAGCUUUGGUCAGCCUUCUUUGCGACUUUGUGGAAGCUAUGAAUCCUGGACUGAUACUUGCUAGGAACCCUGUGAUAUUGAGGGACAGGGAUCUUGCGGGAGAAUUAAAAGAUGUUUGGCUCGCUGUUCAGAACAAAAGAGAAAGGGAGAAAGGAAUGAACCAAGAUGUUAUGUAUAAGGUAUACGAUAUUGACGGAAUAGGCAGUGAUGACAUUAAUGAAGACGAUAAAUCAAAUUCCAGAAAUAAUAGGCAGCAUGACAAUGGAUCACCAAAUAGAAACCAUCAAAACGAUAAGAAAAACACAGUUAAAUCCUCUAAACAGAUUUUGCUUAACGCCGGACAGAAGUCAGAAUUCGACUCCGGAAUGAACAACUGUCAGCUAAAUCAAAAUCAAUCACACAGAGACAAUAAAACAGGCAACACUGACUCUGAUACCACAUAUUGUACACCAGUUUACGGACAAAUAGUUUCAAGUAGAGAGAACCACAAUCAAAUCAAUGAAAUUCAACAAAAGUUUGCGACUACCGAGCCAACUAAACCUUCAAGCUCAUUCAGAAAAGAUUGGAACCCAGGUCUCGGGAAGACUGAAGGUUGGAAUGAAUCAAAACGUAAUAUAAUAAAACAUACUGACGAUUUAAAAAAGCAAAAGUGUUCAAAAACGGAUAAAGCCAACAAACAAGUGAGUAAUGGAAAGCAUUACGAUUUCUUUCCUGUGUUCGACAAUAAAGCCAGCGAUUUAGAAUUGGACAAAGAAACAAAUGUGGCAGGGGAAUGUUUAAGUAAAAAGAUGGAUGAAGAUAACAAUUCUAAAAUAAUACUAGACCCAAUGCAGAAAUUAGUUCUGCAUUCGACUGAUAAAUGUGAUAAUAAAACAAGUGCUCUCAGCUCAUUUAGCUCAUAA